AUGGCGGCGGCAAUGCUGAAGGUUGCGUGCAGCCUGGCGGGCUGGUUGGGUCUCUACGUACUGCUGUGCCGGCUCUCGCCACAGCGCGGGCCCGAGUGGAACUGCCGACUGGUCACGCUGACGCACGGGGUCGCCAUCAUGAUGUUGACGGCGUACGUGAUCUUCGUGGAAGGUCCCUGGCCCCUCACGCACGCAGGUAGUGAGAACACGGAGCUGCAGACGUCGGCGCUGUGCGUCUGCCUGGGCUACUUUCUCUUUGACAUGUCCUGGUGCGUGCGCUUCGGUGGUGAGAGCGCCGUCAUGCUAGGCCACCACGCCGCCAGCAUCGCGGGCAUCCUGCUGGCGCUUCUGAUGGGCGUGUCGGCAUGUGAGACGUGCGCCGUCAUCUUCGGUAGCGAAAUCACCAACCCCCUACUGCAGGUCCGCUGGUUCCUACGCCGUCUGGGCCGCUACGACAGCUUGCUGGGCGACACUGUGGACCUGCUCUUCAUCGUCCUCUUCGCCACCGUGCGGGUGGGCGUGGGCGCUUGUAUGUUUUACUGCGAGCUGACCUCGCCCAGGACUGCGCCCAUCAUGAAGCUGGGCGGCGUUGUCAUGUACGGCCUGGCCUGGGUGUUCAUGGUGGACAUCGCCAGGUUCGGAUACAAAAAAAGUAAAAUGCGCUACAAACAGUGGUGUGAGAGGCGCAAAGAGUUUCACGUGGAUGGACAUCAUUUAGACAACAGGAAGAGUGGUUGCUUCAAAUCAGAAUGA